AUGACAGGAUUAGGUUUUUCAUGUGGAGCAUGCAAAUUCCUACGGCGAAAAUGCACAAGCGAAUGCGUGUUCGCUCCUUACUUCUGCUAUGACCAAGCUGCAGACCACUUUGCAGCGGUGCACAAAGUGUUUGGUGCAAGCAAUGUGUCCAAGAUGCUACUACACUUACCGGUACAAAAUCGAAGUGAUGCUGCCAUCACCAUGUCUUACGAAGCGCUAGCUCGAAUGCACGAUCCUGUGUAUGGAUGUGUCUCACAAAUCUUUGCACUCCAGCAACAGGUCGCAUACUUACAAGAGGAGAUCGAAACUCUUGGGAACCAAAUGGUUAAUUUUGCAACUUGCCAUCCAAGUAAUAGCAGCAACACAUUCACUGAUCAGUUGCAAGUACUUUCACAAAAUGGUGCUGUUGACACACAACAUAUCCAGAACCAGUUACCAGAACUACCAAUAUUUCCACACAUAGGAACUGCAGCUGCCAACCAAGGGUUUAAUAGUGAGAUGGAUAUAGAGAUGCCUCCUGUACAUGAAUGGGAAGAAGUGAAGUUAUUUGGUGAUCACUCUACACCUGAUCCUUUAAAAAGAUUUCUUGAAGGCAUGGAGCAAGACAUGUUGGGAAACAAUGCAUGGUCAAAUGAGCUGCUACAAGGGAUUUAUAUUAAUUAG